AUGUUAUGCCACUUCUCUUACCUCCUGCUGCCCCUCUCCGGCCUCAUACAUCAUGCAACAGCAAGUGUGCAAAUCAUCCCGGGCGCGUCUAUAACUACAACCAAUGCUCCCUACCAGCACAUGCAAGCCCAUGGUGGGGGUCUCAUUCUCGUAGAUGGCGUCUACUACAUCCAUGGCGAGAAUAAACUUGACGGCAGUGCCUUCCAGAGCAUAAAUUGUUACUCUACUGUUGAUUUGGUCAACUGGAAGUUUGAGAGUAAAGUUUUGACGGUCGGGGGAAGUGGUGAUUUGGGACCUGGGAGGGUUGUGGAGAGGCCGCAUGUGUUGUAUAACGAGAAGACGAAGAAAUAUGUUAUGUGGUUGCAUAUCGAUAGUAGCAACUAUGGCGACGCAAAAGCCGGUGUGGCAACGUCUGAUAGCGUCUGCGGGACGUAUAGUUAUAUUGGCUCAAAACGGCCUCUCAAUUUCGAGAGUCGAGAUAUCAGUCUUUAUCAAGAUACCGAUGGGACAGCUUACCUACUUACGGAAGACCGAAAAAAUGGUCUCAGAAUCGACAAGUUAUCAUCAGAUUACCUAACCGUAGAAUCAGCAACUUACCUCUGGGCUCAGCCAGCUGCAUUUGAAGCGGCAGCGAUCGUCAAAACGGGCAAUACAUAUUUUAUGUUCGCGUCUAAGGAGAGCGGAUGGUCGCCAAAUGAUAACGUCUAUUGCACUUCGACAAGCCUUACUGGGCCUUGGUCAUCUUGGGAGAAAUUCGCACCGUCCGGAUCAAAUACUUUCAGCUCACAAACCACAGCCGUGGUUAACAUCAAUGGAGUUAUAAUGUACAUGGGUGAUCGCUGGGUCUCCUCGAACCUCAUGAGAUCUACCUAUGUUUGGCUACCAUUGACGCUUUCGGGGACAAAAGCAACCCUGACCAACCAAGUAAACUGGAUCCUCGACAUUAAAGCAGGCACAUGGACACCCGGCCCCAGCGAGACCCAAGUCGAAGCUGAGGCAAGCAGCAACACAAUUGCCUCUGGUGCCAAGACAGUCAGUUGCAGCGGCUGUUCAGGCAAAACAACGAUCGGAUACAUUGGCGGUUCUCCUGGGGGCAAACUAACUAUGCCUAAUGUCUCAAGUACUGUCACGACAAAUACAACGAUUCGAAUCGGUUAUACGAAUGCGGAUCAGUCGCAAAGAUACGCCAAAGUGUCAGUCAACGGCGUGAGUUAUAUCGUGGCGUUUAUUCCAACUGGCGAUGAUAAUACACCUGGCACUGCCGCAUUGACUGUUCCGUUGAAUGCUGGAGAUAAUAACGUGGUGGUAUUUGAGGCGUAUAAUGGAGGUUGGGGUCCAAACAUUGACCGAAUCAUGGUCCCAAAGUCAUGA